UCUUUCAUUUUAAUUCUGACGUCCAUAGACAGCAGCUAGAGGCAUCCUACACUUAGCGAUGUAGUGUUGUCUUGUUGUCGAGAUGACAGCGGUACGAUAUGUUUUCAAUGCCGCUUGUGUUGUUUUGCAUGAGGAUUUCCCCGACAUCGGCGCACAGGCGAGAACUCGCAUAUGUCUCAGCAUUUAGAGAGAGGAUUCUGCUUAGCCCAUCUGCGUUUCUACAGUGAAAGCCAAGCUGGAGUUAUCGGACAGCAAGACGCAGUGCUGAGCAAGACACCGAAGCUGAGAGUCUGAGUGAGGCCGGUCAGCUGGUGUCACCUCCCUCACGGCUCCAUGUACCCCGAACCUAACACAGAUUCUCCUGCCCGUCUCUCCACCCGGCAGACGGACUCUCCUGGCAUCAACUACACGAAUCUUGGGAAAUCGGGGUUACGGGUAUCAUGUCUUGGGCUGGGCACCUGGGUGACCUUUGGUGGACAGAUCCCAGAUGAGGUAGCUGAGCAGCUAAUGACGCUCGCGUAUGAAAACGGUAUCAAUCUGUUUGACACGGCCGAAGUGUAUGCGGCAGGGAAGGCUGAAAUGGUUCUCGGCAGCAUCAUCAAGAAGAAAGGAUGGAGACGUUCCAGUUUGGUCAUCACCACCAAAAUAUACUGGGGUGGAAAAGCAGAAACAGAGAGAGGCUUGUCUCGGAAACACAUAAUAGAGGGUCUAAGAGCGUCUCUGGAGAGGCUACAGUUAGAGUAUGUGGAUGUAGUGUUUGCUAACAGACCAGACCCCAACACCCCGAUGGAAGGAGAUCCAUUUAACACUUCAAAAUCAAGAACAUUCAUCAUAGAAGAGACGGUUCGAGCGAUGACCCAUGUCAUCAACCAGGGAAUGGCAAUGUACUGGGGAACUUCUCGCUGGAGCUCAAUGGAGAUUAUGGAGGCGUACUCGGUGGCACGACAGUUUAACCUGAUCCCACCCAUCUGUGAGCAAGCUGAAUAUCACAUGUUCCAGAGAGAAAAGGUGGAAGUACAGUUGCCUGAACUCUUCCAUAAGAUAGGUGUUGGUGCCAUGACCUGGUCUCCUCUGGCAUGUGGGAUCAUCUCAGGGAAGUAUGACAGCGGUGUGCCUCCAAACUCUCGAGCCUCCCUCAAGGGCUACCAGUGGAUGAAGGAUAAGAUCCUGAGUGAGGAAGGCCGCCGUCAGCAGGCAAAGCUGAAAGAGCUGCAGGCCAUUGCGGAGCGGCUGGGUUGCACGCUGCCCCAGCUGGCCAUCGCGUGGUGUCUGAGGAAUGAAGGGGUGAGCUGUGUGCUGCUGGGAGCCUCCAGCACUGAUCAACUGAUGGAGAAUAUAGGAGCUAUUCAGGUUCUUCCGAAGUUAUCAUCGUCUAUUGUACAUGAAGUGGACAGUAUCCUAGGCAACAAACCCUACAGUAAAAAGGACUACAGGUCCUAAAAGGAAAGUGAGUGAAUGUCGACUUGCUUCUUAUUCUGAGCUUUGACUGAAUAAAACAUUGGCACACGGGACCAGCACUGUCACACGCCAACCCGCACAAAACAAGGAGUCUACCGACAUUAGCCCGAGAGGAGCAAAAGAGCACGAGCAGACCGGAAGCAUGCUCACGAACAAAACAGCUAGUCCGGCUCAAAUAAGAAUGGCACUCCUACCACUAGAAGAAACCACUUGCCUGCUUCCAUCCCUUCAAAGUAAACACUAAAGGGGUGCAUUAUUAGGACUUAUUAAAAAUGCAUGAGAUCCACUGGCCAGUGCAUGUGCUUUUCCCUCCAUGUUGGAAAGAGUACAUUCACAUAAGCUUAAACAUAUCCCGAAACAAUCUUCGUAAUAGUACUGAUGAAGCACUUUACUGAUACAACAGAAAGUUACAUCACUGGACAAAAGCGGUUUCAAAACCAUUCAUCUCUGUCAUUUUCACUAUAGGUUUUAUAUGGAAAUGUUGCUAUAUUGAUAGCCAAUAUUCUGCUUGUUUACAAGACCUUGUUUAUAUAACCAGCUAUGGCUACUUUUUAGUUCUAAACAUGAAGAAAGUUGUUAUAGGGUAAACAGACGUAGUGUUGGGUUGUGAGACGGUCAAAAAUAUUAACGACACAAAUACAGGCCUCCACAAAUGUGCAAUAUCUGAAAGUGUUCAUGAACCUAUAGUUUGCACUCCGGCUUAUUUUUCAAACCUUUUCCCAGAUGAAUGAUCUAAUACUUUGUGAAGCGUACAGCUGACCGGUUCAUUCUGAAACCAAAGAAUUGUGUGUCGUCUGCACUGCUGUUUUCAUCAAGCGAACAUAGGAAGGUCUGGAAUGUACAUGACGCCUGAUGUUUGAUUAUGUUAUGACGCGUUGUUUUAAGUUUUAUAGUUUGUCAUGUGUCUGCAGUACUGAGAGUUUGCCUUAAUGUUCCAUAUUUAAAGUGGUUUUUGUUUCAUGUGAAUAUGUACAGUAUGUCCUUAUUCAAAUCGUUUUGUGUGCUGGGUUAUUUUUGAAUUUCUGUUGGGCUGUUUAAAGACAAUGAAGAUCAUUUGUUUUGCUAUAACGGUUAACAUAUAACUUUUUAGUAUUAGCUUUUAUUGUGGGGAGCAAAUGUCUCCUCAAGGAUAGCAAAACCUGAGAUGCACAUGCUGUACAUUAUUGAGACCAGUCAAUGGUCACAAGGUUUCUGAGUUAGGGGAACGAAAAUCCGUUAGGACUGUAUUAAAACAAGAGAAGUCUAUAGAAAGUCACCACAAAGUUACCAACACAAAUGUGUGUGUGCGUGUGUGAUUGUGUACAACACGAUUUAUGUUCUUGUCCAAUGGCUCCCUCUACUGAUCGAGAUGCUGUUUGAACUAUAAAGCAAUCACCAACAUAUGGGUAGUUGAUGGACGCAAAUUUGUCUUAUGGUGUGAAGGGAAAAAUUUGAAAAAAAACUAUCUUAUGCUAUUUUAUAUGAUAAAUAUAAAUAUAAAUAAAUAAUAUAAAACAAUGUAAUAUUAACAGUUUGUUUUCUAAGAUUUGCUACGUCACACCAUAAGACACCUUUUUUCGUCAACUACCCAUAUACCAUCAUAUUAAUGAAAUAUUUAAUAAUAUGGGCCUACAUGUAGUUUCUGUUUUUAAUUAUUGAUAUUUUACACUUAUACAUUUUAUUAUAUUCUUGCAGUCAAUGCAGUGUAUGCUAGUACAGUGGUUCUCAAACGUUUCCGUUGUGUGGCCCCCUUUGUGUAGCGUGCAUCGCUUUGUGGCCCCCCUUUAUAAAAACUAAUUAUCUUAAACUUAUCAUUUUAAUUAAACCAAAAACUAAUUCUGUUAUACAAUCCUGGGACAUCAAUACUUUUGGUUGGUUGUCUUAUUUUUCUGAUGUUUGAUUAUAUAAAAUGUAUGAUAAAUGUGUAUAUUUCAUAUAAUGCCACAAAAGCUGUGGCCCCCCUGGAUCCAUCUUGGGGCCUCCCAGGGGUCCACGGCCCCCAGUUUGAGAACCACUGUGCUAGUACAAGUUGUUUAAUUGUGUGAUGUCAUUACGCAUGUGUUUUCCAUAAACAUUAUUCAGUCUUUAUAAAACUGAUCAAUCUUAUCAUACUCAGUCAUGAAACCGAUAAGCCAAUGAGUAGGACAGCACUAGUUUGCUGUCAAUGAGUUACUAGAUUAUAUGCCUUAUUCAAUUCUAACACUAAAUACUCAGUGCUGACAGCCAUUUAUUUAGCAUGUGUAUCAUCUGUACUGAUAGAAUGAGCUAUAGUAUAUGCAUUAUGGCAUUUCAAAUACACCAGUAAUGAAUGGAGAAGCAUAAGAAGUGUGAUAAAAGAGAGCUAUAACGUGAUCGAUGUUAUUGUCAUAGUAAAUACAGAUUCAGUGCUAAAAUAAUUUGACAUACAUGCGUGUCACUUUUUUCUGAACCUAAUGUGUUGUUAAACAUCUUUAUAGAGUUCAAACAAAUCUCAAUACAUGUUGCAUGGAUAUACGAAAAAAUGGCAGAUCAGUGGAUAUUAUAGUAAUAAACUGUUUUGGGCUGUGAUUAAUUGAAUGUAAUGAAUAAGAAGGUUUUGAUUGUUGAUUAAACAUGUACAGUAUUGAACAAGAACAGAAUCCAUACAGCUUUUGGAAGAAGUACUUUAACCAAAGACCACAGUUGGAUAACACAAGCUUCGAUGAUAGAAUUGGCAUUGCUUCAGUUGCUGAGGCUGGAUGUAAAGUCCUUGUUCAUAUAUUUGUUAUAUGAACAUGUCGGGCAUCGGUCUGCAUCUACAUGUGGGAUUUUAGUUGUACAGUACAUCAAGUUGGCACAACGUUUGUAUCUUGUGAUGGGCCUCGUAUAACCUGCUCUAAUUUGAAUAUGUUUUCUCUUGCUCAGGAAGUCAUGACUUGAUAGAAGUUGCUAAAACUGACAUCUGUUCCAUAUGUACUUGUUUAUUAAUGUAGACUAUAGGCCUCAUUGAAUGAGAAACUGUUUGCGUGUAAAGCUUUAAAAACAAAGCGAGUUUUGUUAUCCCACAAGGACAAAUGUCGCUGUACAGUACACUGUAAAUCAUAUCUGUAGAAAUGACAGUAUUAUUGGCAGCAGUUUGCCAGUAACUUACUGUAGAUUUACAUUUAUGUAAUUUACUGGCAUGAGUUUGUUCAAAGAUAAAUGAACAAUAAACAUUAACAAGUCUUUAUCUUUACAGAAAAAAACUAUACAAUAACAGCCUCAUGCAAAGCAUUCUGGGAACCAAAAUUAGAAACAAAAACAGAAAAAGGUUGAUGAGGAUUUCUGGUUUCCAGAAUGCAUUGCAUGAGGCUGUUAUUUUAUAGUUUUUUUCUGUAAAGAUAAAGAAGUUACUGGUAACUAGCUGCAUAACUACAGCAAAAAAAUGUACAGUGUAGAAAUAGUGGAAUGAAAUAGGAGUACCUAGUACAUGAAAUUAUCAUUUAUUUGAUUUCAUAAGAAUAGAAGACUGUUUUUGGUAUAACCUUUUAUUCUGACAGUUCUGUAAUAUUGACCAUUACUGUUAUUCAUAGUAUUAUGGUUCCUGUAUACACACAAGUAGACAAAUAAUGCAGAGUUUUGUAUACAUAAUGGAAUGGUUUGAUGACCUGUAUAUAUUCGGAAUCUAGAUAUAUGUUAUUGAUUUUAUUUACUGUACUAUUAUCAAAUUAGACUUUAUUUAUUUUUACAUUGAGAACUACUGCUUAUGACAUUGCUUGAGGAAAACAUGUACAGCUUCAAACCUAUGAAAAUAAAAUAAAUGAUUUAUUGGUCUUUAUUCCUUGAUACGUAUGAAAUGUGAUAAUGGGGGAUAUAUUUUUUAUUGAAAUUAUAAUUGUGUCCAAAAAUAUACAGUACACCACAAUAGUUUGGAAUAACACUGUUAAACUGCACGAACGAAAGACUUAUGAAAACACAUUUGUCUUUUACUUAAAACUAGUGAAAAAUAAAGUUACCUGUUACUUCUGAAAUCAUUCAAAAACCAAACAAGUCAAAUGCCAGAAAUAAUAAAAGAGUAAUGUGCAAAUUGCAAAAUACAUGAACAUAUCUUUAUAAUGCAAAGAGAAUGGUAUGGCCAAGAUUUCUUUAACUGCAGUAAAAAAAACAUUCUAUAAAAAUUCAAUGUCUAUUUUAGCACUUAAAAUGUAAUGUGUAGUCAUAAAAUAUCCGUAAACUUGCAUCAAAAUCUGCUGUGUUGGUCAUGGAAACAUUUACUGUUACAAAACCUGACAGUGCACAAAAUAUUUUUUUUGAAAAAGUGCUUGACGCAUCUGCAGUAAAAAUGGAAACACACAUUCCCCUUUGAGGUUGCAUAGUCUAAAUUCUGUAGAUCAAAUGUCACAAAUAUUCGAUACGCAUUGCAAAGUUGUAUAGACACACUUUAGGAAUCUCUUUACAGUACUCAACAAGAAAACAUUCAUUAUCUCAACAACAGGAAAUAGUUCAAUGUACAAUGCUUGAGAAAUGGACAAUGUCAACACACAAAUAUUACAUAUCAGAUUGUGUGCAAAGUCUACCUAAAUUGAAAAAGAGAGAAUUUGUUUGAAAUUGUUCAUUGUGAAUGGUGGAAGAUACUUACCAUUUAACAGAUGCAUUUUUAAAGUACCUUACAAUUGCAAGAUUUCUCUGAAAAAUGAUUUAGUCUCACCUUAUGACACCUCGUGUAAAUGACGAGAAAGGUUUCAUUUUUGAGUGAGCUAGUACAGUGGUGGUGAAUAAAGGGUUACAUUUUAGAAACACUUCAUUUUCUGGCUCUUCUGCAUUUAGGAAGAUCUGAUAUUGUCAAGUGAAACAGGGAUCUGGAUUGGUAGUUUGUGUUUGAUCUGUGCUGGAGCAAAACCCAAAAGGAAGCUGGUCCUCCCUGAGCAGAACUGAUGCUUAAAACAUUUUUAAAAAAUGGUAUUUGUCCUCAUCCAGGAGGAGCUUCAAUAUUAUAAGUCGUCUUCCUGUUGUCUUCAUUGUCAACUUUUCCAGUAGAAUGAAUAAUGAAGUUUUUCCUACAAACCCAUCUGAAUUGCCACAAGAGUUUGUGCAUAAGUCAUAUUCUUCGUACGCUGUAGGUAAAAAAAACAAUAAAAGGCUAAAAUUUUAGCCAAAGGUGUACUCACAAAUUCAAGCCCAGUCAGUUAACAUUCAGCAACCGUAUCCAUGUUCAGUUUUUUUUUGUUGGACUGUCACAUACAGUAUUGUCUGAACUGGGUAUGAAACUGUAAGAUUACUAUACUGGUACGCUGGACUAUGACGAGUCCAUGUCUUUGU